CCCCCUCCCGCAGAAGGACAACCCCGACGCCGAGAAGCACCUCCGCCGCCGCGCCAAGCGCCAGCAGAAGAAGAAGCUGCAGGAGAAGGACCGCGAGGCGCUCAUGAAGAGCAUCCCGGGCAUGGCGUCCAUCCUGCCGGCGCGCUCCGGCCAGGCGCCCCCCGUGGGCGCCGAGCUGGACGCGCCGCUCACCAAGACGCAGAAGAGGAGGAGGAGAAGAAGAAGGCCAAGGCGGAGAAGGCCAAGGCGGAGGCCGCCGAGGGGGCCGCCGAGGGGGCCGCCCCCGCCGAGGGCAAGGCCGCCAAGCCAGAGGCGCCCAAGCCUGCUGAAGCCAAGAAGGCAGCCCCUGCCAAGCCAGAGGCACCAAAGCCUGCAGAUGCCAAGAAGGCAGCCCCUGCGAAGCCUGAGGCUGCUAAGCCAGCUGAAGCCAAGAAGGCAGCCCCUGCCAAACCGGAGGCUGCUAAGCCCGAGGCACCAAAGCCUGCUGAUGUCAAGAAGGCAGCCCCUGCCAAGCCUGAGGCGCCUAAGCCUGCAGAAGCCAAGCCUGAGGCGCCUAAGCCUGCAGAAGCCAAGCCUGAGGCGCCUAAGCCUGCAGAAGCCAAGCCUACUGAAGCCAAGCCAGCUGAGGCCAAACCUGCUGAAGUCAAGCAGGCAGCUCCUGCUAAACCCGAGGUAGCAAAGCCUGCAGAAGCCAAGCCUGAGGCACCAAAACCUGCUGAAGCCAAGCCAGCUGAGGCCAAACAGGCAGCUCCUGCUAAGCCCGAGGCACCAAAGCCUGCUGAAGCCAAGCCUGAGGCACCUAAGCCUGCUGAAGCCAAGCCUGAGGCACCUAAGCCUGCUGAAGCCAAGCCUGAGGCACCAAAGCCUGCUGAGGCCAAGCCCGAGGCACCAAAGCCUGCUGAAGCCAAGCCUGAGGCACCUAAGCCAGCUGAAGCCAAGCCUUCUGAGGCACCUAAGCCAGCUGAAGCCAAGCCCCCCAGGGAAAAGAAGCCUUCAGAGUCGGAGAAGCCUCCGAGGGAGAAGAAGGUGUCCGAAUCCGAGAAGGCCAAGAGGGAGAAGAAGCCCUCGGAGUCGGAGAAACAGAAGCGAGAGAAGAAGCCCUCGGAGUCCGAGAAGCCUCCUCGGGAGAAGAAGCCCUCGGAGUCCGAGAAAGCCUCCUCGGAGAAGAAGCCCUCGGAGUCCGAGAAAGCCCAGGGAGAAGAAGCCCUCAGAGUCCGAGAAGUCAAGAAGGAGAAGAGGCUUUCCGAGUCCGACAAGUCCGCCAAGCCCCCGGCGGAGGCCCCGUCAAAGCCAGACGCCCCCAAGCCACCAGUAGCCCCCGCCAAGCCUGCAGAAGCGCCUGCUAAACCAGAAGCCGUGCUAAGCCAGCAGAGGCUCCGCUAAGCCUGACGAAACUCC